UGCUUCGUCAUUCUUAACGCAUUUCCAUGGGUCCAGGUGGGCUUUGCGCAUUUCCCCAUGUGCCAGGCUCGCACGGCAACUCCACCCCACUCUCUUUGCCCUUUUUGACCCAAUUGCGUGCAUGGCCGGCUAUAGGAACACGCGCAACCUGGGCCACCUCUGGCUGCGGGGGACGCGUCGUGGCCUGCACACGAAGCACCCGCUCUCCCAGCGAUCCAAGGCUGCUACGCUCGGCCUGCGGUACGGCCCUCCAUGUCUCCUUGCGACGGCUGCGACUGGCUAUCUCUCUUCUGCAUCGUCGCCGUACCCACUCUUCCGUCCCAUCCAUCUAGACGCGCCUUCCCUCAAGCGAUACUUCUUCGGCGGCAAUGACAAGCAAACGGAAACCACAUCGGUCGGAGACGCUGAGAGGCAGGUGAAUAACGAGGGCGAGCACAAGUCAGGUGAGCAGGAUGCGCCAUCGCAGACGCGUGUUGCCAAGGGCUACAGCGAAGAGGACGAGGAAGCUGGCCAGAGCAAGUCAGCCUGGCAGACCAUCACGAGCAAGUUCCCCGCAUCUCCGUCACCUUCUAAGCUCGGCGAUACCAUCAUCGACUACAUUGUGCCGAACUGGGUCAAGGUCCUACCUGGCUUCAUCCGCAAACUCCAGGACGAGCUCUCCAUGGCACCGGGCUCUCUCGCCGAAGAGAUCUGGUACGAAGCCAACGAUCCCGAGAUCAACCCCGAGAUAAUAUGGGAUGCCUCUGUGAGAGUCUCGGAAGAGCUGUGUGAGGAAGAAAAGGCUUUCCUAAAGCAGAGGGCGCAGUUUACCAAGGCUGCACUUGCGCGAUACCUCGACAUUCCAGAAGCGCAGAUACACCCUGACGAUGUACCUGUCAUUGCCAUGUGCGGCUCUGGUGGAGGGUUGCGUGCGCUUGUGGCAGGCACAUCGUCAUACCUCUCCUCGAAGGAACAUGGCCUCUUCGACUGCGUCACCUACACGGCUGGUGUCAGUGGCAGCUGCUGGCUACAGACCCUCUACUACUCAGACCUCACCCAGCGCAGCCACGCUCGCAUGAUCAGACACCUCAAGAACCGCCUCGGCGUACACAUUGCCUUCCCAGCUGAUGCGCUCGAACUGCUCGUCAGCGCACCUACCAACAAGUAUCUUUUGAGCGGACUUGUCGAGAAGGCAAAGGGCAUCCCAGACGCCGACUUCGGACUGGUGGACAUCUACGGCGCACUACUCGCCGCCCGCCUGCUCGUACCCAAAGGCGAACUCUCUGUUAGCGAAUACGACUUUAAGGUCUCAAACCAGCGACGGUAUACCGACAACGGAGCACAUCCACUACCCAUAUACACUGCGGUACGGCACGAGAUACCACUCGCCGAGCAAGGAGACACAAAAGACCGCGUCGCAGCCGAAGCAAAGGCAAGAAGAGAGGCUUGGUUCCAAUGGUUCGAGUUCACGCCGUACGAGAUGUGGUGCGAGGAGCUCUCUGCUGGCAUACCCACUUGGGCAAUGGGCCGCCAGUUCGAGAACGGCCGUACAGUCUGGCGGGAGAAUGGCCUGGCUCUACCCGAAGUGCGCGUACCGUUGCUUAUGGGGAUCUGGGGGUCUGCCUUCUGUGCGACCCUCUCACACUACUAUCGAGAAAUUCGACCCCUCAUGCGCAGUCUCACCGGUCUUGGCGGCAGUAUCGACGCCAUGAUCUCUGAGCGCGAUGACGAUCUCGUAAAAGUCCACCCAAUCGACCCUGCUGCUAUGCCCAACUACGCGCUCGGUAUGCGCGAAUUCCUCCCCCCAUCAUGUCCUGAAAGCAUCUUCGAACAAAAGAACUUCCAGUUCAUGGACGCGGGAAUGUCCAACAAUCUACCCAUCUAUCCUCUUCUCCGACCUGGACGCAACGUCGACAUUCUCGUCGCUUUCGACGCUUCCGCUGAUGUCAAGACCGACAACUGGCUAAAGGUUGCUGAUGGUUACGCCCGCCAGCGCGGCAUCAAGGGAUGGCCCGUCGGGGCAGGGUGGCCACCAGACGGUGAACCCAUGGAAGACCUCCAAGAAGAUCUCGAACGCGCACAAGCCAAGACGGAACAACAAGCCCAAACCAAAUUCGAAGAAGCCAAGGACAAAAGUUUCGACGAAAACAAGGACAGCAAAAGGAGCAAAGACCUAGGCUACUGCAACAUCUGGGUCGGUACUACCGAAGAACGCGAAUCCGACGCCGAGCACCCAGUAUCCAAACAAGUAGACGAAGACUGGGAACUCAUGCACCCCGCUUCUGGUAUCACGGUCAUCUACUUCCCCUUCCUCGCCAACCCAAAGGUACCCGGCGUUGACCCCAAAGUCAGCGAUUUCAUGUCAACCUGGAACUUCGUCUACACGCCCGAGCAAAUCGAUAGUGUCGUGAACCUCGCUCGCGCCAACUACAGUGAAGGUGCCGAACGGACGAAACGCACAGUUCGUGCUGUGUACGAACGUAAGAAAGCUCAACGGGAACAGCGGGAGAAGGACGAGCGGGAACGGAGGUGGCGGUGGAAGUUGAGCCAAGGUAGAAUAGCUGGGCGUCGUGUUGGAGGCGAGAGUGAGCAUGGAGAUCAGUUUAGCUGAUGGAAGGUCGUGGCAAGGAGUUCUGGAGGGAGGUUUUUGGAAACGAUAUAGAUGACGGACGCAUUAUACCCACUUGGAUCAAGAAUGAAAUCAUUCACGCUUUAGUACCUGUUCACAUUGCGGUGAGGUGAGGUGUACAGAAACACGUCUGAAUGCUGAUGAAUGAUGGUAUUAUUGAUAGCGAG